AUGGAGGAGGACUAUUUUGCCAUCCUAGACUGCGUUCAGCGGGAUCGAGACGUCUACCAGUGUCCAGCUCUGCUCCUGCGGCGGCUUUCGGAAGACCAGUAUGGAAGGCUGAGGCCCAAGUCGCAGCACUUCAUGCCUCCACCAUCCUCUACAUAUUGGCCAAACGAGGGAUACCGGUCGAUAUACAUCAGACAGCAACCGGUCUAUUACCACCUCCCGCAGUUUAGGCUUUCGCCUUUGAAUAUGGAGUCCGGCCUCGGUUCCUCGGAUGGUGUUCAGUACCGGCUGCUCGACAAGUAUCCCGCCCACAACUGGAACUCGGCCACCAUGACCCUCAAGGUGCAGUAUUCCCGCAAACUGCAGGCCAUGGGUAUCUUUAGAUUCCAAAGCAUUCAUAAAACGCACGAGAAGGUGGAUGUCGUCGUCGGCUUGCGUCGUCGUCUGAACACGAUGGAAUGGGAGGGAUGGUGUUUCCAACUGUCAUAUCGCGACAUAUCCCUCGAGCACGCUUUCCACGAGGUCAACAAGCGGAUAGAAAGCGAAAUUGCCAAAUCAAGCAGCGAUGAGAUCACGCCGCAAAAGCUCCGUGAUUUACUCGGUGAAGACUCUUCACUGACGAGCAGCGCGACAGUGGAGGGAAUCCAGCUUCAAGGACGCCUCUACAGUUCCAUCCUCGUAACGUCGACGGCCGAGAUCCAAACUUACAAGGAGCUGAUGGAAAGUCCCAAUCAGAUCAUGGUGCUGUCCAAACCCAGCAACGAUUCCACCUCUACCGACUCGAACUUGAAAGCUUUGACAGAGCUCUACUGUGUCACUACAAGCUCGCCUUUUGCAAUAGAAGACUACGGCACCAAUACUUGGGCGGUUCCGCCUGUCCGAUCAAGGUAUCCUGAAGACGGAACAGGAACAGUUCGGGGCGAAUUUAUGAAGCCCAUCUACGACUUUUUGGCUUUUUUGAAGCAGAAAUCUUCUGCACGAGAGUCAAGAAGGCAAUUGAGCGCCACAGAGCAGCUGGCUGAGGCGUUGUUCGCCGGUGACGCACCUCAGGUCGAGUCUAUCCUGGCCUAUCAAACGCCAGAUAUCGAGGCACGAACGACUGAUCAGCACGGAUUCGCGCCACUUCAUUGGGCAGUUGCUGGUGGCUCUCACGACUGCAUCAUGUUGCUCCUUAGAAACGGAGCCAAUCCCGAGGCGCUGACAAAGGGAGGACUGUUGGCGAUUCACGUAGCAAUUGUCUGCAACAACAAAGUCUGGACUACUUUGGACAAGUUCCGUGUCCAGCCAGAGCUCGGUCAUCUGGCCAACGCAAGGACGGAACACUUUCUUGAAACGCCCUUGCACUUGGCCGCAGCCUCGAGCCCUGACAUCGAGUACGGCAUCUCGUUCUUCCAAGAGCUGCUAGACUGGAGCUCGGAGCAUACCGGGCUCACCCCUCGCAACAAAUUUGACGAGACGCCGCUCCAUCGUGCCGCCGCUGGGAAUUGCAUAGGUGCCAUUCGAGCUCUCCACCUCCACGGCUGCUACCUGGAUACUGGAGAUCAGUACGGCCGGACUCCCGUUUGGCACGCGGCCGCUGCAGGCGCUCGUGAUGCCGUCGCCUACCUUGUUCAUCUGGGUGCAUCUGUCAAUUUGACGGACGACUUGGGGAGGAGUCCACUGCAUGCGGCCUGUAGGGGAGGUCACCGUGAAGUCGUCGCCCUGCUUCUUCGGCAUGGAGCAAGGACAAACACGGAGACCAACCUCCUCAGCCUGUUGCCAAUGGAUCUCGCCGCCAUGUUUGGGUUCGUCGAGUGCCUAGAAGAGCUUCUUCAGCCUGAGUGGCGGAUGAUUACUCAGAGACAAUUGGACAGGACACUUCAAACAGCGGCCUCGGUCGGGCGGUACGACUGCGUCGAGCUGCUCUGCCGCCAGGGUGCCAAUCCAAUUGCCACCUCUGAGUACUAUCUGCGGCUUGAAGAUGGUCGCGCAAUUGUCGUUGAGGCAAAGAUGGAUGCUUAUACCAUCGCUUUUGCCCAGGACCAGCCUCACAUUGUCAGCUUCUUUGACAUAUUUGAACUAUACAUAUGUCUUCAAGAGAGCAAGUAUGCCCUUACGGACAACGACAGCGAC